AUGGAAGCCUGGUUCCAAGAUGCUCUAACCUUCAACUUCACCAUACCCGCGCCCCCAGAUCCCGAGCCGAUUGAGAUCACCGACCUUCCGCUUCCCCCCGUCACCCAUAACGAGACCGAAGGCGGUUGUACACGAGAAAUUAACCCACGUGGGACGGGAUGUAUCGGUGUGAAAUCGUCUGAUUUGCUAAGCGGAAGCUUUCUACCAGACGGAGAUCAUAUCACGGCCUCUGUCGUCUUCAAGGGAGCCCCUGCGCUUCCGAACUCUGCCAGCGCUUUCAAUGGGCUGCAUUUGAUCAUUGUUCGUGCCAACGGAACAACUUUCCCCAACGGCGAUCCAUGGAAAUGUAUUACCUGUGGAGUUCCAAAAAACCAGCAGUAUGGGCUCACUUCGACAAUGAAUUAUGAGUACCCCCAGGCAUUCAAUGACGGAACUCGAAUCCUGGCAGGAUCAUACAUAAUCGACUGUGGUACUGCACAGCUUGCCAGUGCGGAAUGUACUCCACAGAAGAUCCACAUCUAUCCCAUUCGAUGGAAUACUUCUCCGGAUGGUAAUGGGUCUGGAGGCACCAUACGGGAGCUGCGCAAGCACCCAGAUGAUUUCAACCCUACCCCCAAGACGGGUCUGCCCCACACACCACGAUACGACCUAGUCAAUGUCACGUUGCUCCAUGCUCCAUCGGGUGUACCAACCUUCUCAACCAAUGGAAGCCACCUCUCUAUCAACAUAGAAUCGAUUACGGUGGGAGAAGCACGAGGUAUCAAUAGCGUGGGUGACCAGAUCACUUAUGUUGGCUUUCCCACCGAAUCAUGCAAUAUUGAUAUCUUCAGUGUGAGCUUGAAGACUAGCAAGGUUGUUCGCGUGACUAGCGACCCAGAGUACGUCGAUCCUAUCGACAAGUCUCCAGACGACAAGUGGGUAGCGAUCAUGGAUAGCACGACAUCUCAUCGAAUGAUGUUCCUGGCAGGCAUGCGAGGCAUUCCCCCGCUGGUCGACACUCUCAUCACAAGCGCAAUAUCCUCCAUUCGAAGCAAUGGCGGUCGCGGGUUCUUCCAACCUUGGCUCGUCGAUGAAUAUGGUGCCCGGUAUUACGAAGAUGGUCGUUACUACCAAGGCCAGCAGAUCAAUGGCGAGGAGAAGAAUGACCCUCUCUGGAACGGCGGCGCCGACCCUCGCUGGUCUCCUGACGGAACCAAGAUCGCAUACUUCCAGCGUCUAGUCACAUCCCCCGAUUGCGGAGACAGUAAUCCACUGCCGUGUCCGAAUUCCACCGAGCCUGGACAACGCCGCUCGCGGCUGAUGAUGGCAACCUUGACAAGCCGAAGCGCGUUUCCCCAGUUAUUAUCUAUUCCUCUCGGCAACUUCACCCUGGCUGGCAAAUUUGGUGGUCAUGCGAAAGUUUCCUUCGUUCCUGACAGCACUGGAAACACGCUCAAAACCGUGAUUGCAACUUACCACCACGUUUCAGAUGAUGGCAAAAGUUUCAUCCAUGGGACUGAAAAGGUAUCUGCUACAACUCCCAACGUCAAUUCAAUACACGUGGACUGGUUUUCGGAUCUGCGAUCAUCUGGAAUCAGUGAAAGUUCGAAAAUAACGAGUCCUGGUGGAUUCCACUUCGAUAUCGAUAUCGAGAACAACAAAUUCUACGCCAAUGGUACUUUGACCACUACAGUCGACGGUAUUCAUUACCGACAGCCCUUGAAUGGAACCUGA